AUGAAGUUCGGACACGCCUAUGAGACGGCAUUGGCCAAUGAGGGCUUCCCCGAGGAAUGGGUGGAGAACGCGAUAGAGUACAAGCACCUCAAGAAAUGCAUCAAGAAGGUCCACCACGAGCUGGAGAGCCUUGGCCUAGACCAUCACACCCUCCACGCCAUGAGCGAGCUGGUCGCACAGCCAAAGACGCCCAAGCCGAGCACCCUCAAAGACUACUUUUCUGCCGCGAACCCUUCGCUCACGGCCAUACAAGAAGAGUUCACACCACAACUACGCAUCCUAGUAGAUAGUAAUGGCACACCACUCGAUGCGCGACUCGCGCCAGAGACCAAGGCGUCGCUGGAGAAGCUCGCGAAGCAUGAGAUAGUCGUCAGCGGCCGCCAGAAACAUCGCGAUGACCGCCACGGACGACGGCCGUCAAUGACCGAGCGACAGCUUUCUGUAGCUUCUGACGAAGUCUCACCGGAGCGCAAGCAUCCACUCAUGCCGGACACUCCAGACACGAGAUGGAUACAAGUGCCAUUGUCUUCGGCGCAAGACUUCUUCGACAUGCUCGAGCCCAAGCUGGGCGGCUUGGAAUCGCUACGUGAUUCAGAGACCCACGCGCUGGAAGAUAAGAUCCUGGACUUGGGUGAUGCUGUCGAAAACGUGGUAGCGCCGGUCAAGGAAGGCUUCGAAGCACACAGAGAGAUCAGCUACCGGGACCUAUACUUCUGGCGCGAGAUGUUUAGGUUAUACAUCGAGAAUCCCAUCUUCUACAAAGAGACGGAGCAAAGCCGUGGCGCAAUCACAUUCAACGAAGCUAGGAACAAUCUGCAAGAGUACGACCAGAAACUGCGCGAGACUGGGCUGCUGGCGAAGAUGAAGACACCACAGGCGAAAAUUGCUGCUCAGCGCUUUCUAGACCUGAACCUCGAGAUUCUCAAAGCAAUGCACUUCCAAGAGAUGAAUGCACAAGCCAUGAAGAAGAUUCUGAAGAAGUUCGACAAGCGGACCGGGCUCGAGGGCAAACCCUUUGUCAAGACACUACAGGUCAAGUAUCCAGAGAUGCUCACCAACGGCAAGAACGUCGCUGGUGGCUUCGCGAACUCUAUUGCGAGGGACAUGCAAGCGGAAAUGGGCACCAAAGUCCUCGCAAUCGUGCCACAGCUUGACGACUGGGUCUGUCCAGUCUGUUAUGGCAUGGCGUGGCGCCCAGUCAACCUCGGCUGCUGCAAAUCAGUCUUCUGCAUCCGCUGCAUCAUCGAAUUGCAAGGCAAGAAUAUGAAGAAGUGCCCGAUGUGCAAUACCGAGUCAGUCAUGGCCGCAAGCGGCAAGAACAUUGACUUCGAAACGAUGGACUUCUUGGGUACAUUCUUCCCGAUGGAAGUGAAGAAGCGACAGAAAGAGAAUGAGCGGGCGCAGAUGCUGAGAGACUACGGCGAGGACUUCGUCAAGCCUGGAUGCACGGUAAUGUGA